UCUGACAGUCUACGAGGAUUCAGUCAGAUAAACAGCGGCUACAUUUCCUAGAUGAAUGAGGGGACACUAACCUUUUCCUCGCCCUUAUCCCUUCGCGGAUAUAAAAGCUUGUGAGUUUUUUGUACACUCGUCAGUUUUGGUGCCAACAGAGUAGAUGUUUCCCAGCGAGGACAAGCUAGUGUUAGCACACUAGCUCUUUGUGUGGCUAGCUGCUAGCUGAGGGAUGUUUUGUUGUUGUUGAGCUGAGCAGCCCUCCCGUCGUCUGGGAGAGGAGAUCCAUCAGCUGUUUAUGGAAAACCGCCUUCUCGACACUGUCUCAUCCAUUGACGUUUUAUGUGAAAGUGGCCUUUAAAGCCGUGCUGCCAAACGUUAAGGUUAGUAAAGCUACAUAGAGAAAGAGGGGGCAGUUUGACGGACGAGGGAGGAGAUGGGAAACUGUCUGAAAUCUCCCACCUCAGAUGACAUUUCUUUGCUACAUGAGUCUCAAUCGGACCGGGCCAGCUACGGAGACGGUACCGAUCCCGACCAGGAGCCACCGCCCCCCUAUCAGGAGCAGAUUCAUGUUCCUGUCUACCACCCCACACCAAGCCAGGCCCGGCUGGCCACUCAGCUGACGGAAGAGGAGCAGGUCCGCAUCGCCCAGCGGAUUGGACUCAUCCAACACCUCCCAAAAGGCGUGUAUGACCCUGGACGGGAUGGCUCAGAGAAAAAAAUCAGAGAGUGUGUUAUCUGUAUGAUGGACUUCGUGUAUGGAGACCCCAUAAGGUUCCUGCCUUGCAUGCACAUCUACCACAUGGACUGUAUAGACGACUGGCUGAUGAGAUCCUUCACCUGCCCCUCCUGCAUGGAGCCUGUGGAUGCGGCGCUGCUCUCCUCCUAUGAGACCAACUGACACACACAUGCUCACACACUGACACACAUAAAUACACACUAAACAGAAAGCACACACUGCACACAUACAGAUAUACACACAAAAAUCCAUCUUGCUAACCUGUAUGCUGGAUAGUGAGGUGGUGAUACAAAGAAGUGGCAAUGGAAAGGAUUUCAGAAGAUUUAGAUUGUUCUGUGUGUGUUUUUGUGUCUUUGUGCCUCACAAAUUCCUCAGUUGACCUGCUGGACAGGAUUGGAGAUAAGAUCAGUUUUAGUGGCAAGGAUGAGCAUGAGAAGAGGAAAAGUCUGGAAAAAUGUAAAUACAGUAGAAGCGGAGUGGAAAGGAUGAUAAUUACUGGUAUUAUUAUGAAACCUUUCAAAGAUCUGCUUCUGUAGAUGCAUACGGACACACAAGCGUGCCCAGUCGACACUUUUUACUUCCUCUGAUUGAAGGGAAUGACAAAUACAGAAGGAAAGCCCUCAAACCACCUCAGUCGUCAGGCUGCAGACUGUAUUUGUUGGACUGCUAAAGGCCUGAUUACUGUAACAUGAAGCUGCAACACAGAGGAAACCCUUCAGAACAUCUGCCAGAUGCUCUAGAGUGGCUCUACAGACACCUGCUGCACAGUCAUAUCUGCUGCAAAACUGUAACACAAUGCAGAUAUGCAAUUUAAAGACUUCCAGAGAUGGACAACAGACUACAGACAUCGCUUAUUCACGACUCCCGGGCCUCGAGUUGUAUAGAUCUUAUUAAGAUUAAUAGGUGGAUUAAUGGAUUGUCCUGUGGCUUUGUGAAAUCUGUUGUGUGUUUGUUUUGUCAGUCAGCAUUAAGGGCUCUGUGGAAACAGUGUUUACCAACAAGACACAUGGCAAAAGAUAUUACGGUUACUAAUCUGAUAGAUAGCUGGGAGACUGUUGCUGUCAAGCUGCUGACUUGUUCACAGUUAAAGCUCAGAUUAAUCAGUGAACAGUACAACUAGACCAGCUGUCGAACCAGUGAUACAAAUCAGAGAUAUUUGCACUUCUUAAUCAGACUUGUGACAACAGUUGAACCAUAUGCAUUCAGUAAUUAUGUCACAAUGAUGUAUAUGAUUUGCUUUACCUACGUUCUCUUUAUAAUUAACCUGGUUUCAAUGAAAACCUCUUUUUCAGUGAUCAAGCAAUCAGAUAUGGUUUGUAGCUGCUUUAUUACAUAAAUCAAGCAGAUCAAUUAUUUCAGAAUUUGAUACCCUUAAGAUUUUCCAAAUGAAGAUUUGUAUAAAAUAACGCAUGAGGCUGGCAGGUGUCAUCAUGGAAAUACAGGACCCUCAAAGGGACAUGGAUGGAAAAAACGGCUAUGUUUCUGGGGUGUACUAGAAACGACCACAUAUUCAUGUGAAAAUUUCUUGCACUUGCAAGAAAGAUUCAUGUGCUUAGGAGAAAGUUUUGUGUGCUCAUGAUGUUUGUGAGUGUGGACAGUGUUGAGUCUCUAGUAUCUCCGACUCCCAGAAACAGCAAAAGACCACUAAGACCAUCCUAAUAGAUAAAAAGGCUAAUUUUAAAUAGUGACUGAGAGAAACUACUGUAAGAGGCACUUUAAUACUCAUUUUUUCCAUCUUAAAAGUUGGAUGCAUCCUUUACACCAGGGGUUAUGGUUACAUUUUACAAGGGCCAGCUUUUGUCAUGACAGAUGCUUUAGGAGCCGAAUUUUUAGCUAAAUUUAAAGCAAAUAAAUAUCACCUGUUUUUAGCCUAGAGAUCAGUCCCUACUGAGUUUACUUCAGCCAUCCACAAGGGGGCAGUUGAGAUAUUUCCUCUACCUUUUUUUGCUGAUAAUGGCCGACAGGUGGAUUUCCAUAAACAUUAAGUAAUUCCUGCUAAAAAUGCUUCCAUCUCCAUUGGUUUUGGGGUUCUUGAAUAGCUGUAGGCAUUUAAAAACACCAUAAAUACCAAACAUACUUUUUCCUUCUCCCAUUUUCUGCAUCUAAUAAUAUUCUGGGGACUGAUUUGGCUGUUUGGCUGCCAGUUGAUGAUCACUGCAAUACACCAUUGAGAACUAUAUACCAGAAUAAAAUGCUGAGUCAUGCACCAUUUUUACUGCUAGUUCAACUGCUCCCAUCACAUAUUUCAUGCAACUUCAAGCAACUGAAAAUUCACCUGCCACUUCACUGCUUAAAUAUGUAGGCUGGUGGCACCACUAACAGUCUUAGUCCCUCAUAAGAUCACAAUCCUGCAUUCAAAGAAAAUAAUGGUAUACUGUUAACUCAAUAAACCUUGCAGAUUAGUUCGACUGAAAAGACACUUUAGAUAAAGACAAGUGACCACAGAGCAGGGCAGUACAGCUUGAGUGUUUUGAGUCUGUACUUCACAUUUAUCACCACAGACAGAGAGCUUAACUACCAUACCUGUGGAUAGCAGGACUACAAACUCCACAUGGGAAAACAGCAUGCUGAAAAAAACACUACACAGCUGCACAGAAACUGCAUGUUGUUGACUUUGCUGAAAUCAUCUCACAGAAAGACAGCAAAAAUCCCUUUUCUCCCAGUAUCAGAAAACGUCUUGUUUGCCUGCACUAUUUCUUUUAAAGUACCUUGUGUGCCUGUAAUACCUUCUUGUGAGCACAAAGUGGUGUUUCAUAUACACUUGAAACAUAUGUUUUUCCUCCCUAUGUCCUAUUUUGGGCUCUGUUUUUGGAUGUCUAAUGAAGAUGUAGUCAUGGGUAUUGUUUCAGUGAAUGUGCCUGCAGAUGAUUAUUUAACUGAUGUGGUCAGAAUCAGCUGUAAAACAAUGCUGACUGAGUCUUUUUUUUUUUUUUUUUUUAGAAAUCUGACUUGCUCUCAUUUUUCCAAUUUAAGGCCUCAAUAAAGAUAACAUUUUCACAACAUUGUAAGAUUAUCCAAGUCACCAUUUACUACAAAAGCACAAUGAAUUUAAAUAGUUUGUUUAUAUUUUCCCUGGUAACUUGCCCUGUAAAUGAGCCAGAAGACUUUGAAUUAUGCAGGAAAUCCUAUAAUCUACCCCUGCAAAGUGGGCAUGAUGUUGAUUGCACACAAUUUGCAAAUAUGCCUUUUGUUAUCUCUUUUGUGUGUGUUUGUACCUGGCUGUAUAGCCUUUGUGUGUAUGUACCAGAAAGAUCAGGUUGGUGGUUGGAGAUGGCAGUCAGCACCUUAGUCUUUGCACAGAACUCUGAUCUCUGUCACUCUCUCUGUGUACUCCAUCAGUGCGGUGGAGCCUUAUGGCCUUUUAUUACUCAUGAUGAGGGUCUGAAUCAGCUGCUAAAAUUAGAAAAACCAGUGAACUGCAAGAAACAAAGAAGGGGAUUGUACACAAACUGUGUGGACUGCCAAUGCUUCUGCUGCUGAGCUGUCAUUGUACAUGUCAUGUCAAGAAGAAUACAAAAGUUGUGUCAAGAAAAAUGUUCAGCUACAUUGUCACAAAAACUAAUAAAAUUAUAAGUGUU